UUUAAUUUCGCGCGUUUUUUGAUAUUUUUAUUUUGCUGGACUUGAAUUUCGAGGAAAAAUGGAUGAAUUAACUAAAAUUAAAAAUCAGGUAGCUACAAAAUUCAAAGUUAGUGGCUUCUUUAUCAAAUCGGAUUCAAGUACUUACUUGGCAGAGAUGUUGCUUCCAUUGAGUCUGGAUGAUCGCAAUAAAUGGAUGAAAAGUAUCCUGAGUCACAUUCAGAGGCAAGGAACGAAGACUUUGAACAUUGAAAGGGAGCAUUUGGACCUCGCAAUUCGAGACUGCACAAACGCUGGAUUAGACGAAAAUGAGACAAUUUUCUCAGUCAUCAGUGCCUUCGACGUUCCUCGUUACAAAUUCAACGACGAACGCAAAAAAUUCACGAUCGAUACCGAAACCUCCAGGUCUUUAAUGGCCGAUUGCAGCAUGAAAUCCAAAUACAUCCGUGACAGAUAUCAAAUUUUGUGGCAACGAACUGUGCGACAUCCCUUAUUCGCCGGAAGCUCUGUCGUUGGCGCCGCAACUCCCGCAUUUCAGCUGAAAAAAGUCGAAAAUCUCCUGUCAUCAUCAAAAUUAAAGGAUAUUGUCGUUUUGGGACUCUUGGCGCAACUUUCCGAAGGCAAAUAUUUCAUCGAAGACCCAACGGGAGCCGUUCAAAUCGACAUCAGCGACGCCACGAUGCAUUCCGGACUCUUUUGCGAAGGUUGCUUUGUCUUAGCCGAGGGCACGUACUGCGACGAAGUGUUAAAAGUCUCGGGUUUGGGAUUUCCGCCGCCCGAAAUGGCGAAUUCGAGUCGCGCAUUCUUCGGAACUGCCAAUACGUGGGGCGGGAAAUCCAAAAUUUUGUUAAAAUAUUCGAAAAAAUUGGAGGAAAUCGAGAAAAAGAACGAAAAUGACGGGAUUGUGUUCUUGUCGGAGGUUUGGUUGGAUGUUCCGAUUGUCAUGCAGAAGCUAAAAGUGCUUUUUGAGGGCUAUGAUGAGGUACCGCCGAUCGCAAUUGUGCUGAUGGGACCAUUUAUGAAGAAUUACGACGAUCCGUAUGACCUGAAAACGCAUUUGAAUGCCUUGGGAGAGAUCAUUGAUGCCACAAGUCGACUGAAAAGAGAGACUUUUAUCGUUUUUGUGCCUGCCAGUGAAGAUCCGAUAUCGGUUAAUAUUCUUCCGAGACCUCCGUUGCCUGCGUGUUUGACAAAAGAUAUUCAGAAAAAGUGUCCCAAAGCGAUUUUUACGACAAAUCCAUGUCGACUUCAGUAUUGCACGCAACAAAUUGUCGUGAUGAGAUGUGAACUUGUCACCAAAUUAUGUCGAAAUGCUAUUAAGUUUCCUUCCACGGGGACUUUGGAUGAUCACUUCACGCGAACCCUCAUCAGUCAAGGCACACUGGCGCCCCUUCAUCCCAUCGCAUUACCGACUUUUUGGGACUUUGACGCCUCUUUACAGCUCUACCCGCUACCAGAUUUGAUCGUUGUUGCCGAUCCAAGUAACGCUUUUCAUGCCAAACAUCACGAUUGCACUGUCAUCAAUACCGGCUCCUUCCCAAAAUCCAAAUUUGCGUUCAAAGUUUACAUGGCAACAAGUCGAACGGUUGAAGAUUCCGAGCUGCCCGACGAGGAUGAGGCAUAAAAACAUUAAAAAAUUGAAUAAAAUUUGUGUAAAAAGUCACGUACGAGAUUCUUAUAAGAAAUUUUGCCCCCUUUUUGUGUGUUUUUUCUCACUCUUUCGUUCUCUCACUCACACAACCGUGAAAUGGAACGCAUGAAAAAAUGGAAUUCCAACUCAGCUGUUAAGAGAAACACAAAAAUUACGA